AUGGGUGAGGACUGGUUUUGCAGUGUCCCCAAUGAGGCACUACAUGGGGAGUUCCUCCAUGAUGUGAUGGAGCUUGUUCUCAAAGAAGCAGUAUUUGCUGGAACACAAAGGAAAAACCCUGUAGUUAGAUGGCAUGACCCUGACCACCUGUGUGACCUGCUGAAUCUGACACCCGCUGAGAAGCCUGCAACACAUGCUGAGCUGCUUCGAGUAAUUCAUGAUACCAUUACCUUCAGUGUUAAGACUGGACACCCUUACUUCAUCAACCAGCUCUUCUCGAGUGUGGAUCCUUAUGGACUUGCUGGACAAUGGGUGACAGAUGCACUGAAUCCCAGUGUGUACACAUAUGAGGUAGCACCUGUAUUCACACUGAUGGAAGCUGCAGUUUUAGAGGAAAUGUGCCACAUGGUUGGGUUUCCUUUUGGUGAUGGCUUGUUCUGCCCAGGAGGCUCUUUUGCCAAUGGUACUGCCAUCAAUCUUGCCAGAUUCAAAUACUUUCCAGACAUUAAGAGAGAUGGCCUGGGGUGUGCACCAAAACUGGUGCUCUUUGCAUCAGAAGAUUGUCAUUACUCAGUCCAAAAGAUGGCAGCAUUGCUUGGUCUGGGUGAACAGAAUGUAUGCUUGGUACAGACGGACAAAGCUGGACGCAUGGAUCCAUUACAUCUUGAAUCACAGGUGCAGAGGAUAACAGCUAUUGGUGGUGCCCCUUUCAUGGUGGUGGCCACAGCAGGAACAACAGUGCUUGGAGCAUUUGACCCACUGCCUGCUAUAGCUGAUGUCUGCACAAAAUACAAACUGUGGUUUCAUGUGGACGCUGCAUGGGGUGGAGGAAUCCUCUUCUCACCCAUGCAUCGUCACAAGCUUACUGGACUUGACAGAGCUGAUUCUGUGGUGUGGAACCCUCACAAACUGUUGGCAGCACCUCAGCAAUGCUCAGUGUUGUUGGUGCGACAUCCAGAGAUCAUCAAAGCCUGUCAUGCUUGCAAUGCUACCUAUCUCUUUCAGAAGGAUAAGUUUUAUGAUGUUUCAUUCGACUCUGGAGACAAGUACCUGCAGUGUGGACGCAAGGCAGAUGUUUUCAAAUUCUGGCUUAUGUGGAAGGCUAAGGGUUCACUUGGAUUUGAACAUCAUGUAAAUGCUUUAAUGGACUGUGCCAGCUACAUAAAAACUGCCCUGCAACAGCGUCCACAUUUCAAACUUGUUCUUGAACCAGAGUUUAUUAAUGUCUGCUUCUGGUAUGUCCCACCGAGUUUGCAAGGGCUACAAGAGCAACCUGACUUCAAUGAAAAACUGCACAAGGUGGCACCUCAUAUGAAGGAACUAAUGAUGCGUAAAGGUACCAUGAUGAUAAGUUACCAACCACUGCAAAACCUUCCAAACUUCUUCCGAUUUGUUGUGCAGAAUUCAGGAGUCACACAUCAGGAUGUUGACUAUUUCCUGGAUGAACUGGAUCAUCUUGGUGCUGAUCUGUAGUCAUAACUUGAUACAUGCGAUCUGAGGUUCUCAUGGCAAUGACUGUGAACACUACUGUCUUCUGGGAUGUGACACCAUGUAGUUUUGUAGUAGUUUACCAACGUUUCAGAGGAAUGCAAGGUGUCUGUCUUCAGGAUCAGAGAGCAAGCAUAAUCUUCACUCCUCAUGAUGGAAGCAAUACAUUUCUCUGCAAUGUUGUUCGACUUCUACAAGAAAACACAAUGUCAUAUCCCAGAACACUGUAAUCUUCACAACUGAAUGCUUCAUGGCCUUGCACCCCAACCACCAAGCAUGGGGCAUAUAAGUUGUCCCAAUAAAUAUUAAAAGGUCUUACACUGAGUGUGCAGUGUUUGUUUACAAGGAACAAACUUGUUUUGUAAGCUUUCACAGCUAAAAUCUGGAAUAUGACGGUUGAUAGAAAGACUUAUGAAAGAUAGAAAUGAUUAUAAUCUCUAAAAUAACUGGACUCUGUCAUGAUGGUCCAUAUAAUUAUAAUAUUAAAUCAACAAAUUGCCAGGCUGCAAAUUUCAACUGGAAUUAUAUUUUAAUAUAAAAAAUAAUAUCUUCUUCUUCUACUAGAUAUUUCCACCAUGUAAUCUUGCCAAAAAUAGUAUAGUUAUCCUAAAUGAAAGGAAGUUGUAACAUUCAUAUAAAACACAUGGGAAUAAAAUUAACUGUAAUAGAUAGUGAAUUUAGAUUUCAGUGAGUUUUUAUAUAUAUUUUCCUAUUUUCUAUUAAUAGUAACCUGAAUUCCAUUGCUUAGUAGCAUAUUAUUAAUGGGUGAAUUAGAAAGAGUUGAUUAAUUUAUGAUAUUAGAAUAUUCAGAAAUUCACAUUUUGGUAAGAUAAUUAUGGACAGUAAUGUAACAAUUCAGUAACACAGUUUCUAGCUGUGUUCCACCUGAUGAUGACCUGUGAGAUCCAAACAUGAAUUGAUUUUCAAUAAAAAUAUUAGUCAUGUCUGACUUAUCAGUGGUUAUUGAAGUAAAUUUAAUGUUUAUGAAUUUUUGUAAUUAUGAAGGAUGUUGGUGAACUUAUAAUAUACUAACAAACUUUCUAGUUUCUCAGCAUCUCCAGAUUUAGUUAUAAUAUAUACCUGAUGGUCAACAGCUGUAACUGUUCCCAUCUGCUUUCACCCUGGAUUCUUGCUGGCUUAUACUUUGACCUUGAAGAUGGAGGCUUAUGUUCCCCAAAAACCUCGGUUGACUUUCAA